CAUGGCUGCUUCCUGCUUUCGGAGCCAAAUAAAGUUGUAGAGUCAAAUUAAUCUGUUUUGCAAGAAGCCUUUCUUGUUGCAUCAAGACCAUUUGCAGAAAUGGUGUUUGAAUCGAUCGUGGUUGAUUUAAUCAACAAGUAUCUAGGAGAUUUUGUUGAGAACUUGGAUAAAUCGCAGCUAAAACUUGGGAUUUGGGGAGGUGAUGUUGUUCUCAAUGAGCUGGACCUGAAAGAGAGUGCCCUUGAUGACCUUGACCUUCCAGUAAAGAUCAAAGCAGGCCACAUAGGAAAGCUGACAUUGAAAAUUCCAUGGAAGAACCUUUACACAGAGCCAGUGAUUGCCACCAUAGACGGGCUCUAUGCUCUGGCGGUGCCCAAUGUCGGAAUCAAGUACAAUGCCGAGAAAGAGGAGAAGGAACACCAGGAGACGAAACAGAAAAAGUUACGAGCCCUGGAAGAAGCUAAAAAACUGGAGGCUGAAAAAGACCAACCUAAAGAGAAGAAAAAAGACUCCUUUGCGGAGAAGUUUGCUACACAAGUUAUCAAGAAUCUUCAGGUGGAGGUGCGAAACAUCCAUGUACGUUACGAGGACAAAUAUACCAACCCUAAACAACCAUUCUCUAUUGGUGCCACAUUGAAGGAACUCCUGUUCAGAACGACAGAUGAGAACUGGAAACCCUGUAUCAUCAAGGAAGCUGUAUCACAGAUAUACAAGUUGGUGAAGCUGGAGCAGUUGGCUGUCUACUGGAACAGCCAUUCUACACUGUAUGAAGACAGACCCAAGGCUGACAUUCUGAAAAGUCUGAAGAGUGCCAUAGAAGAGGGCAAUAAGACCAACUUCCAGUACUUGAUCAGGCCAAUUUCAUCAGUGGCCCACCUUCGAUUGAACACAAAACCUGAAGAACAGGAAUUCACUGUUCCAAAGGUGUCCUUGACAGUCAUAUUUGAUGACAUCUCCAUCGGACUAGCCAAGGUUCAGUAUAAUGAUGUCCUGGAGAUGUUGGAGGGCUUUGAGAGAGUCAAUCUGAUGGGUAUCUAUAGGAAAUACAAGCCAGAUGUCCCCUUUAGAGGUCACACAGCUGCAUGGUGGCAUUUUGCAUACAAGAGCAUACUAGAAGAAACUGUACGCAGACGACGUAAAAUGUGGUCGUGGGAACAUAUUCGAGAACAUAGGGACAAAAAGAAUCAGUACAGGGAAGCGUACAUUAAGAAACUGGAGAGCAAGAAAGUGGCGUCUGACCUGCAGAAGACACUUGAUGAAUGUGAAGCCUACCUAGAUGUAUUCAACAUCACAGUGAUUCGCCAACAAGCCGAGAUAGAGAGCGUAAAACGUGGGCUUAAACGUGCUGAGGAGAAGAAAAACGCAGGCUGGUUCGGCGGAAUGUUCGGGGGCGGGAAGAAGAAAGAUGAGGCGAAGAAGAAGAGUGAUGCAGAACAGAUACAGGAGCAGUUUUAUGAGCAGUUCAACUCUGAUGAAAAGAAGAAGUUAUAUGAUGCCAUCGGCUACCAGGAGAAUGAGUCUGACCCCACUCUGCCCAAAGCUUUUGUGGCCUUGAGAAUAGUGACAAAGCUGAACAAUGUCUCCCUCACCCUGAAAGAUGACAAGAUAAAGGAGCCCCAAUUAUUAAAACUUCAGCUGAAGAAUGUUUACAGCACGGUGGGUCAGAGGCCAGCAGCUUCCGCAAUAAGGGUAGAAGCUAAAAUGGACCGUCUGACAGUCCUCGGUACCCAGCAAGGUGACUGUAUUCCCAGAAUGGUUUCUUCUGUGGUCACUGAUCAGGUGAUGUCACUGGUAGAUUUCCAGUUUGAGACAAACCCCCUGGAUGGGGAGUGUGACGCCAGAGUGAAGGUUGGGGCUCGUCCUGUACAGAUUAUCUAUGACGCUGUGACAGUGAACCAGUUGGCAGGAUUCUUCAAACCUCCUAAAGAUAUUCAACUCAAACAGCUGUCGCAGGCAGCCAUGUCAAAGUAUGAAGACAUCAAGGAACAGACUGCCACAGGAAUGCAGCAUGCCAUUGACCAGCAAAAGUACACGGAGAUAUCUGUGGAUCUUCAGUCUUCAUAUGUGAUAGUACCGCAUGGUGGAAUAUGGACCAAGGGACGAGAUGUGUCAAAGCUGAUUCUCGAUCUCGGUCACCUGAAGAUUGGAUCAGAGAGGAGCCAAUCAGACAUCAAGAGCAAAAGUCAACUGGGGUCACUGGAGGAUGUGAUGACCAAGGCUUAUGACAAGUUCAAUAUCAGCCUUGACAAUAUACAGCUGCUCAUGGUCCAUGCAAAUGAGGACUGGCAGGCUAUCCGGAGACUGAAAGACUCCCCCACCCACAUCCUGUGUCCCAUCUCCCUGAACAUUCUCCUGGAAAAGUGUAUGUUUGACAAGGACCCAAGGAUGGCCAGGAUGAAGGUAAAAGGGGAGCUACCCUUGGUCAGCCUAAAUAUAUCGGACAAGAGGCUACAGGAAGUUAUCUCCCUUGCUACCAGUAUUCCUCUCCCGGAGUCAGAACCUGAAGCACCCAAGGACCAAUUUGCUGAGGGUCCUAGUACGCUACCUACAGUUGACAUCACAGAAAGCAGGCUCGCAGAAAAGGCUCAAUCCAUGGUUGCUACUGGUGACGAGGGGAAAUCCCCGCCGGCUCGCAGUGAAUCACAGGAGUUUGUUAACUGUACAGACCUUGAGCUCACCUUCGUGUUGAAACAGAUAAGCUUGAACAUAGCCCAACGAAAAGGUGACAUGGACUGUCCCCUGUUACGCCUGGUUGUCAACGAUAUCGGGACAGGGGUGAAGGUCAGGACAUUUGACAUGGUUGCUGAUGCCCAUCUGGGAAGUGUUUACCUGCAGUACCUUAAGGCAGAAGUUCCAGAAGAUUUGGUGGAACAAUUGCAGAAGGUUGGAGAGAAUUUAUACACUGUGACAGAGGGAGGGCCAGCCAUCAACAUUGUGAACACACCACAGAGUGUACACGGCCCUUCACACCUACUGAAUGUCAACUACCUCAAGGCAAACACUGAUGCCCCAGACUUUGCUACCACAUACAAAAAGACAGAACAGACGGUCAAUGUGGACUUUGCAUCUCUUGAGCUUCUCCUGCACCAAGAGGCAAUACUGGAUCUCCUUGUGUUUGCACAGUCCCUACAGACCCCUGAAGUGAAGCAAUUGGAAAGCAAGACACCUCAAGUGAAGGCGACUGCAGAUGAAACAGAGAAGUCCAAGGAACUGGUGAAAAAGAAGCAUGUGUUCAAGAAGGAUCCUGACCUGAUAGACAUGAAACUGAAGGCCGGACUGAAAAUGUUCUCUGUGGCGAUCUGCUCCCAGAAAAAAAUGAUCACAGAUAUUAGAGUCAAAGGUAUCGAGGCUGAAGUGACUCUACAAGAGCGUCAAACCCAAGUAUCAGCUGUCCUGAAAGGCAUUUCUGUACAGGAUCCGAGUCCGGAGACUUUCUACCCUAAUAUCUUAGAGAUAGAGGGAACUGAAAUGUUGACAUUGAACCUGGCAAUAUUCAACAACAACACAGAGGGUGAGAGAUAUGAUGAUAUGAACAACGUGGAUAUGAAGGUCAAGGUCAUGAUUGGAAAGAUCAAGGUCACCUUCCUCAACAAGUUUGUGGCUGAUCUACUGGCAUUUGCCGACAACUUCCAAGAAGCCCAGGCCAAGCUGAAGGAAGCCAGUACAGCAAUGGCUGAAAUUACCCAGGAUGCUGUGCAGAAUCUGCAAGAAACAGCUUCCCGAUUGUCUCUCCAAGUGGAAAUGCAUGCUCCAUUGAUUCUCAUGCCCCAGAAUUCCAAGUGUUACGAUGUGCUGAUUGUUGAUUUAGGUCAUUUGCAAGUUAAAAAUAACUUUGAGAAACUGGGUCAAAGGGCACCGUCAGGGAUACCAGCUGUCCUAGAGAAAAUGAAUGUGACCUUGACAAAUGUGAAGAUUUCAAGGGCCAAGGUGGAUGCCAGCCAGUUUGUGAAGGCAGAGGUGGAAUUACUACAACCAGUCACCAUCUCUGUGAACAUCUGUAGAAACCUGUCCGCAGCCUGGUACCAUGACUCCCCAGAUAUAGAUAUCUCUGGAACUCUCAACUUGCUUCAGCUGUGUUUGAGUCAGGGAGACUUCACUGCUAUGAUGUUAACCCUGAAUGAGAACUUGUCAGAGGGCCAGACAAAGCCAGCCCCUAAACAGGAAACAUCAGAGACCCUAGCCAUAGAAUCAGCUGGUCAGGAGCAGGCUAUUGUGGCUGAGAAAAGUGCUGGUGUACAAAGUGCCCCAGCAGCACCUGGCUCAUCUACUCAAGUGUGGUGUAAACUCAAGUUUACCUUCAUUGUAAAUAGUCUGGGGGCCACCCUGUACUCUGGAGAUAGUAACUUGACUUCUGGUCUAGUUGUUAGAGAUGCAUCGAAGCUUCUUGGAGGAUUUGCCCUGGAUUUCUUCUCGCUAAAGGGUCGCAUCAUGUCUAACAACGAUAUUGAUACUGCUGUCAAACUGAAGGACAUGAUGAUGGAUGAUAAACGCAUGCAGAAACAGGGCGGCAUUACAAAGAUGAUGGAGCGCAGCAAGAAAGGUGGAGGGAAGGACAUGAUUGAUGUAUCCUUCAAACAGGCCGGAGACGAUAAAACAAUUGAUGUCCACAUGUCAAGCUUGUAUGUGUGUGUGUGCCUGGACUUCCUGAUGUCCGUGGCAGACUUUUUCGUGAAGGGACUACCCCAGACAGAAACCCCACCCCCUCUCGCAAUAGAGGAUCAAAAAGCUAUAAAGCCCAAAGAGGUCGCCACCCAAGCCCCACCCCCUGUGGGCGAGAUGAAUAUCACCGUGGUGAUAGACCGGCCAGAGUUCAUCAUGAUAGAGGACCAGGCCAGGGAAAAUACCAACGCCCUUAUGCUUGAUAUGGAGCUGAAGUUCCAGAUGCGACAGAGCCCAGAGACAAUGGACAUGUCUGCCAGCAUCCGGAACUUGGGCAUUGUAUCCUGUAAAUACAACAAUAGGACCGGAGGGGCUCAGAUCCUUACCCCGUGUGACAUAUCGUUCUACAGUAAGACCCCCCAUGGGGAGGGGGCACAUAUGGAUGUGUCGACGUCAGAUCUCAUCCUAAAUAUCUCACCUGGAACCAUCAGGACGAUGUCAGCUAUAGCUGCUGGCCUCUCCCAGCAAAGUGAGGAGGCUACAGCGGAAGAAGUGGUACCAGCUGACCUGUGGCAGUUCAAGAGGAUACAGGACUGUAACUUCUGGUUCCUCAAGGCCGGCGAGGGAACUUCAGUUGACACAGAGCCAUUAAGCUUGGGAACUGGUGUGGAGGAACCACUUACAGAGAGGGGAGAACAGCUGAUCCUGAAAGUGCCGACAGUUGUGGUGAAGAUUGAAGGAGGCGUUGGCAACAGAACUGUGCCUCUGCUGAUAACUGACAUGUCAUUUGAGGGCGAAGUUAGGGAUUGGACAGGAAAGCUGUCUGUGGAGAGCAGGCUGAAACUGGAGGUGGCCUACUACAAUGAGAAGGUGUCAGUCUGGGAGCCGUUGUUGGAACCAGUCUUACAUGAGGGCAAAUACAGGAGAUGGGAGCUAUCCCUAGAGGUGGAGAAAAAUGAAGAUGUGGACCUGGGUCUGGAUGAAGAUGAGGACACGGACAAUAUCCGCCUACCACCUCCGAAAAUGAGCAUCAAUAUCAAGUCUACAGACUCCCUGAAUCUGACCAUGACAAAAGCAUGCCUGGAAAGCCUCACCAACCUGGGAAAGGCAUUUGGUGAUGCCUACCAACUGGUUGAGCCCACGCUGAGGGCAGGAGAAGUGUUGGACCCUUUCAUCAUACGUAACGAGACUGGCGAAGACCUAAUGCUGAAACUGGACAAUACCUUUGAGAUGCCAGAAACAGCAGUAAAUACCAAGGUGAGACUAAGGUCUGGUGACAUUCUACCACUCAAGAACAAGGAAGCAGGAAACAAACUCAGCAGGCAGGCAUCUGUCAUCCGGGCAACUCAAAACCAGGAUGAGAAGAAAAUGAUCUUCCAGGUUGAGAAAUUUGACACCCCGAAAGAACUGAACAUCAAGAGGGCAGAGAAGAGGCUGUUCCACUUCACCAAGUCGAAGGACACUGACCAGUGGGCAGUGGUGGCAGACACCAGUAUACACCUGGGACAGAAAACACUCAUAUUCAGAUCAGCUGUGCAGGUGAAAAACCAUCUGCUCUUGCCAGUGGAUGUCUACUACAAAGAUCCAAGCACUGGGAACGUGAAGCUGAUCUCACACAUCAACCCGGGACAACUAUACAGUCUCCCCCUUAACACAAUAUACACCACCACUAGCCAGUUCAUGUUCAGACCAAUAAAAGAUGGGUGUGUUGAGCUGAGUGAGCCAAUUUCCUGGAGAGGGGCUGAAAAUCUUGGCCUGAAACAGCUGGCCUGUAAGGGAGACAACGUGCACCAACCAUUCUAUAUCAAGCUGAGAGCUGAAAUAGAGGCUGUUUACUAUGAGGGAGGAGAAAUGCCAUCGGCCAAGAGCACAGUGUUUCACCUCUAUCCCACUGCUAUAUUCCAUAAUCUGCUGCCGUACGAUGUCAAGGUCAUGUUAGAGGGCACAGAAGAUGAGAUGAUGUUAAAGAAGGGAUGUAAUAUGCCUCUGGAUCACGCCUGUAUUGGUAAAACCAACAUGGAGGUCAUGAUAUCAAACUACCUUGAUAAGGAUUGGCACGGACGCAGGGUCAUAGACUUUGACAUCCCGGAACUGUCAAUUUUGAGUUUUGAGAGCUACCAAGGGAAGAAGAAAGUUACCAUGGACCUAGGCCUACACUUUAAGAAAGGAGAGGGUUCUAUCAAUGUGUCUGUGUUCAGCCCAUACUGGAUGGUAAACAAGACUACCCUGCUCCUCAGAUAUAAGGCUGGAGACGACGAGCCAAUGGAACACGCCCCUGAUGUCAAGGAUAUUAUCAUGUUCUCAUUCAAGAAGGGAUCUCUCUUCAGCAAGAAAAAGGAUGACUUGCCAGAGAAAAAGACCGGCACCUUGGAACGAAAGAAGGAAGGAAAAAAUAAGCCGAAAGUGAAAGAAAUGAAGCAGAGUGGGAAAGCAUCCCUAUGUAUUGGAGAAGGUGAUUGGUCAGACAAGUUCUCUCUGGAUGUUGUAGGCAGCUCUGGAACUGUGCAGAGCAAGAACAAAAACCGGACCUGGGAGGUGGGAGUCAGCAUAAUCCUCUCCAGUUCAGGCCUGACAAAAGUGGUGACAUUCACCCCCUUCUACAUGCUAGUCAACUCUUCCCCUUACACUUACCAGUGCAAGGAAACUAUAACAAGCAGUGAAUGGAUUGAAGUGCCACCCAAACAGUGUGUGCCACUGUGGCCCCUGCAAUCAGGCAAGGAGAUGAAGAUGCAGGCAACCGUGAAAGAUUCUGACAUCUCAACCAAUCAUUUCCUCUUUAACAAACCACACUCUUCACUCAUGCGAUUGGACAAUAAUUAUGGUGGGAUAAAUGUGGAGGUUCAGGAGACUGAGAGCGCCAUGGUAACGACUUUCACCAACUACAAGGACGGUCUGGCAACAGUCAACGUUGUGAAUCAUACCGACAAGUGUGAUAUACAGUUCUUUCAAAGUUCAGUGAAGAAUAUACAAAUUAUGGCCGCUGGCAUGGCUGGGUUCUAUACCUGGGAGGAUGCUAUAGGCAAAAGAGAGCUGGUCUGGAGUUGUGGGGAGAAGAAAGACGUGAAAAAUGACCUCUCACAGGAUGGUAUAGGGGAGUUUUUCUACAACUCUGACGUGAAGGUGUACUGGGUCUCCUUCCUGUCCGGGAUGCAGAGGGUGCUUCUCUUCACUCAUGACCUGGCCCUGGCUACAAUUGCGCAGGAGGCGGGUGAGUUGGAGCGGUUGGAGCAAGAAAUAACAGUGAGCCUACAAGAUAUGGGAAUGUCACUGGUGAACAACUAUACACAGAAGGAGGUUGCCUUCCUCGGGUUAACCAGCUCUGGUUUCAUUUGGGAAGAGAAAAGAAAAAGGCGACACAAAGCAUUCACUUUAAAAUCAAACCUGGCCUUGGAGCAAGCAUAUCAGAAGUUUGACCUUGAAAAAGUCAGUGGAAGAACGCCACCGGAAAAAAUCAACAUUGACAAGAUGGAGGUGAAUUUCAAUGAGAUGAUGAUGUUCAAACCAAAUAAGAGACAGAUACGGAGAAGUUUCCAGGAUGGGAUCUGGAUCCAGUAUAAGACUUCCCCUCAUCAGGUCCAGUUCCACGCAAAAAUCAACAGGGUUCAGCUAGACAACCAGGUAGCUGGUGCUGUGUUCCCUACCGUGCUGUCACCUAUGCCUCCACCAAAAUCUGUGGCUGCUGAAAGUGUGCCCAAGCCAUUCACGGAAGUGAGCAUGAUGCUACGAAAACAUGAACACACAAACAUCUCCCAGAUGAAGUACUUCAAGGUGCUGAUCCAGGAGAUGCAGCUCAAGGUGGACCAGGGUUUCCUCAACAACAUCAUAGACCUGUUCUCCUCCGACCAGGAUAUCACCAGUGAACAAGAGAAGCAAAUGUUGGAAGAAGACAUAGAGAGAACAAAGCAAGACCUGGUGACAACCAUGGGGCUGUCCCUGGCCAGUGAACAGAAGAUGUUCUAUGACUAUCUACAUCUCUCUCCUAUAAAGGUGCACCUGAGUUUCUCCCUGCAAGGAGGUGGUGAUGGCAAGGCCAUGCAGCUACACGCCAACGUGAUCAACGUGUUCCUACAGAGUGUGGGCGUCGUCCUUACUGAUAUACAGGAUGUUGUCUUCAAACUUGGCUUCUUCCAGAGAGAACACAAGUUCUACAACAACAAACAACUGACCGGGGAAAUGACCAGCCACUAUGCUGGACAGGCGAUUAAGCAAAUGUAUGUCCUUGUGCUGGGACUGGAUGUGCUGGGAAAUCCAUUUGGGUUACUGAGAGGAAUGGCCGAGGGCAUUGAGGACCUCUUCUAUGAGCCAUACCAGGGAGCCAUCCAGGGUCCAGAGGAGUUUGCUGAGGGGAUGAUGCUGGGGGUGAAGAGUUUGUUUGGACACGCUGUCGGAGGAGCAGCAGGUGCAGUGUCCAGAAUCACUGGAACUCUCGGCAAGGGCAUAGCGGCCUUGACCUUGGAUGACGACUACCAGAAGAAGAGACGGGAGGCACUCAACAAGAGACCUGCUAAUGUAGGCGAGGGCUUUGCUAGGGGAGGGAAAGGACUUGUUAUGGGAGUCUUUGACGGAGUUACAGGGAUUGUUCGCAAGCCUAUCGAAGGGGCUAAGAAGGAGGGAGUGGAAGGGUUUUUCAAGGGGGUUGGCAAGGGGCUGGUAGGGGUUGUUACCAGGCCAACCAGUGGGGUCAUUGACUUCGCUAGCAGCUCGUUUGAGGGAAUAAAAAGGAUUGCUGAGAAUGUUGGUGAGAUACACAGACUGCGUCCCCCGCGUAGAUUCUACAAGGACGCGAUUCUCCGUCCAUACAACAAGCAGGAGGCAGAGGGAUGUGCUGUACUCAUAGAGACAGAGAAAGGCCGAUACUACAACACAGAUGAAUAUGUAGCCCACGUGGUGGUUACCAAGGACAACAAGAAUGUCCUCUUAGUUACCAACAAGCGUGUAUUAUUUGCUAGUCGUGGGGAGAUAUUUGGCUCCUGGAACUGCGAGUUCACCUAUACGUGGACGGAGAUAAAGGAGAAACCCCGGGUCUCUGCCAAGGGGCUGGAAAUCAUCCUCAAAGAGAAGGAGAAGAAGGGAUUCUUUGGCUCCACCAGCUCAAAGAAAGACAUACAUAUUGCCGACAAGAAAAUAGCCGAGUGGAUGGUUGGAAAAAUCUCAGACACCUGGGAUGCGGCAAAUUAACUUUCAAAUAAUAGUGCAAUAUAACCUAACUAGUGCUGUGUAACCUUGACAGUGCUGUGUAACCUGGCAAGUGCUAUGGAUCAAUGUCUAGAAUUAGUGCAAUGAUGCCUGCAUAAUGUCUUUUAAAAUGAUUUUAUCUUUGUUUAGAAUUUAAAGGAUUCGUUUAGAUAGAUUAUAAUUGUAUCCAAUGUAACCAUUUGUCGUAAAAUUGCUUUCUGUUAAUGUACCUGGUUUGUUGUAAACAACAUUUUGAAAGUGUUUAAAAACACGUAAUUCUUGAAAUGAUUCUCUCUCUAUGCAUUGACACAUACCUUAUAACCUCAUAAAGCAAGGUGCUUGAUUUGGCUGUUAAAUAAAUGUUGUAUUGUGGGUAAAAUAUGAAAAAAGUAUCACGUGCAAUGAAGUUGCUUUAAGGAAGGCAAUUAACAUGUAUGUGUUGGCAUAUUUUUUAUUUCACAUGGAUAAAGAAACAUGGCGUGACCGAAGUCAGUUUAAUAUUUUUUAACACAAGUAAAUAGAAAUGUUGUAACACUUUAAAAAGGCAUUUGCACUACUUUGUGUUCCAGCUGUAUUAGUUGUGAAGAUGAUUGUCCAUUAAUGAAGGUCAUUAUGGCAUCACCUAUCAUUUUCCUUGUUGCAUACAUGGGUAAUAUUUUAAGGGGUGUGCUGGCAUCUCAGUAAAACAGGGUUAACUUAAUGUAAAAUAUCCAGUAGCACCCCCUAGUGCUGCACAUCAGCUUGUAUAUAUGUAUGAAACCAUUUUUUCUAUUUAAAGGCAAAUUUCCCUGUUAUAACAAGGACAGUCCCAUUGAUAAGCUGUAUUUCACCCAUCACUGAGUGGAUUUAUCCAGACACCUUUUUAUUAAUCAGUGGUCACAUCAUUUUGCCAAUUGUCAAUCUACAAAAAGAUUUCAUCAGGGCCUCAGAAAUGAUCGUGAUACUUGUGUAUCUAACACUGAAGACGAUUUAUGUUUAAGUUUUAUUAGAUAUAGGAGAAAACCUGAUCAAGGGGAGUUUUGCCUUUAAAUUCAGAACUUGAAUAUGUUCUCACUGCUGUUAAUUACAUAAUGUACAUGCCUAUGCUGAUUACAAUAAGCUCUUUAAUUACCGGGGUAUGAUGUUCUCUUUAUUGUGUUUAUUGUACAGCCAUAACCCCACUAUCACUGCUAUAUCUGCACUAUAUACCCAGCAUGUACAUGUACUCGCAACUUGUUUAAAAGUUGUAUAGACGUGUGUAUUUCUUAAUGCUACUGAAAUUAGAGCAAUGUAAUUACUGUUAACAAUUUUGAUAUACCGGUAAUGAAAUGGCUACAUACACUUAAAACAACAUGAUACCCAACACAUGUAUGCUUUGUAUAUGGAGAUUGAAUACGAUCAUUUUUAGUGCUUAAUCUAGCUGUUAAUGAAAAUGGAAAACAUCCUGCUGAGUAUUAAGAAUAAAGCAGUGUGGAUGCUGACAAUAAUGGGGAACAUGGAAAUCUACUGUACCAAAUUUGAUGUAUUUUAUAUUCAAAUAUUCUUGCCAUUUCUUACUGCUGUCCUUAUAUGAUAUAUCAUUGCUGUAUUUGGUGUUGUAUAUAAUACUCAUAUAUACCUGUUACUGGAGUUAACACAUUCAUGCGUUGACCUUACCGUUAAACCAUUAUGGUUCCUUUGAUUGUUUUGGUUUUCAUCUAUUUAUGUUCGUUAUUUAUUGUGUUAACUGAUUUUUUAUUAGUCAUAAAAUCAUUCCUGUGUUAAUUUGUGUCUCAUUUUUCAACUUUUUGCUCAUUUAUUUUAUUUUAAUGGUUAUUUCUUUGUUGGCCAUUUUUAUACUUGUUUUAACAAGUUUAACCUACCCGGGUACUCGGUUAUCUUAUGAACUUGCAUAGAACAAUAACUCCAUAUUUCUGAGUUGUUAAAUAUCUAUAUACAUGAAAAAGCUAAUAUUUAUAUUUGUUUAUUAAGGCAAUGUUUGAUUGAUUUUGCAAGUAAAAAAUUACAUUAAUUAAAAAAUUUAAUUUGUAACGUACACAACUAAUCUUACCGUAUUUUGUGGUUCGCUCUGUGGUACGCUCGUAUUUUGUCAUGAGCUGGUAUUUUGUCAUGAGCUGGUAUUUUGUGGUUUGCUCAUAUUUUGUCAUGAGCUGGUAUUUUGUGGUACGCUUGUUGAUGAGAUUGUUGAUGAGAUGGUCCGUACAUGUCGGUUUAACAUUUCUGUGAUUUUACCUAUGACAGGGUUUGAUGUAGGAUUUUCUGAAAAUAUUCCUUUAAAAACUAUUCUUAGAAUUUCUUUUACUUUAGUUUUAUAUUAAGUUUUAUGUUGUUAAGUAUUUUGAAGAAAAAAAUGAACUUUAAGAAAUUUUGUUUUCUGGUAAGGUGUAUCCUGGUAAUAGUCACCAUUCAGUAGAAAUGGCCAUGAUGUUUGAAUCUACCAGUACCAGCUUAUGUAGUACCUUUUUGAAUUUGAAAAAAUAAUUUCCGUCUCAAUUUAGACAAAGGUAUAAUGACUAGAAUCUAUUGAUGUUCAUAAUAAUAAUUAUACAGCUAACCUUUACUGUAACUUUUGGAAUUGUCAUUAUAAGCACGUAAUUUUUUGCAUCGAAAAUGUAAAAAACAUAUCUUUUUGCUCAACAUGGUUUUGCCUUGUUUGUUUUUCUUCAAAAUUGAAGAAAUAAAUAUUUUUCAAUGUCAUGAAAAUCCUUAAGGCAUUGCUGAGUUGUUGCUUUGUAUUUUUAAUGUGUAUUUCAUAAAAUGAUAAAUGUGCUCUUAGCAAUCUUCAUUUGGGUGAUUGUAGUGUUUAUUGUUGUUUGCUAUAGUUAACAUAUGAUUGUGUCAGUUGUAGGAAAUGUAAUCAUUGUUAUACAUAAUAUAGCCUAUGAGUUGAUUUAGAAUAAGUUGUACCAUUAUGAUAAGUAAUAUUGUUGUGAUAGAGGACAAGUUCUUUUAACCUUGUAUAUGAGUAGAUAUUAGAUAUUAGAUCAUUAUACUUAGAGUGGUUAUAGAGCCGUAAUAGAAUAUAAUUAUAUACUAUACUAAAUACUAUACUAUAAUACAAUACCAAAUUUUCCCCUGUACAAGUCCUUCACCAUGCCUACCAUAAAAUAUCGCAUGAUCAAGUUUUCUGUCUUGUUGUGCUGUCACAAAUUCAUGUAAAGGUUUAACUUGGAAAAUCAAAUCAACUUUGCCUAAACUACAUGUAACUGAUAAAGCUCUUGAUUUCAAAAAGUUAAGAUAACUUUUCCGAAAUAUUAAUUUCAUAAACUAAUGGUAGAUGCAUUGAUAGUCUUUAAAUAUCACUAGAAAUACUGUUGCUUUGCUUAUAGUUAUUGCGUACCUCCAUAUUAAUUGUCUCUACAUUUUAAAUCCUACCAUUUUGUUUUGACAACAUUAUUCUUACUUUAUGCUAGGCUUUACUGUUCUAUACAUGUAGUUAACACUGAGUGAUCAAAUGUUCAUGCCUGACAAGGCAAAUGCAACAAAACAUAAACUACAAUGUGAAACAUACUAUUUUUAUUUAGUGUAUAUAUGUUACCAUGUAUUAGGUGUAUCAAUGCAUUUAUUAUCCAAUUAUCAUCAGUAGAUCGUUCCACAAAUGGUCUUUUUGUAUUUUUGCCCAUCUAAGUUCAUAGAAAGGAGUCAAGGUAUUGUCAUAGUCUUGAAGUCAUGCUUCUUGUGGUUUGUGACAGCAGUCACAUUCUUGAAGUCAUGCUUCUUGUGGUUUAUGACAGCAGCCAUAGUCUUGAAGUCAUGCUUCUUGUGGUUUAUGACAGCAGUUCUAGUCUUAAAGUCAUGCUUCUUGUGGUUUAUGACAGCAGUCAUAGUCUUGAAGUCAUGCUUCUUGUGGUUUAUGACAGCAGUCAUAGUCUUGAAGUCAUGCUUCUUGUGGUUUAUGACAGCAGUCAUAGUCUUGAAGUCAUGCUUCUUGUGGUUUAUGACAGCAGUCAUAGUCUUGAAGUCAUGCUUCUUGUGGUUUAUGACAGCAGUCAUAGUCUUGAAGUCAUGCUUCUUGUGGUUUAUUACAGCAGUCAUACAUGUAGUCUUGAAGUCAUGCUUCUUGUGGUUUAUGACAGCAGCGUAGGCAUUGUUGGUAAAAGAAACUGUAGCCUUGGCCACAACUCUCAAAACGAUCGAUAUAUUUAAACGAGACUUUGUACAAAUGUUACCAUAAAUAAUAGUUACAUAUAAGGCAAGGCCCAUAACCGGGCUUUAAUAAUUGCCAAGUUAUGCCCCUUUUUUGACAGCACUUUGUGUUCACUGUUGUUCAUGUUGACAUUGUGCCAUUUAAUUUGUUCAUUUCAUCACAAUUAUGGUUAUUCGUUUGGACUGUUUAAAAGUUUUAUUUUAAAUGUUUAAUUAUAUCUCUGUAACUGCUCAGUGUAUCUUAUGAAUUAUUUAUUUUUGCUAUUUGAUUUACAUUCUGCAAUAUUUUGCUAUAUAAUGUUUAUUUUUGCUUUUCGUUCUAUUAGUAUGAUUUCAAGACAGUUUAAUGGGUUCCCUAUAUACUUACACAUAAAUGUUCCCUGUACACUCAUUAAUUAGAGCAGUACAAUACUGUUAUAAGACAGUUACAUACAAAACCUCUCAUUUCGUAUUACAUUGGUUGGACUUAGUACAAGCCUGCAAGCCCUUCACUGGUAACAUGCUUUCUGGGCUUGCUUAGAUCCUAGAUAUCAUAUACUGCACUAGGGCUUUUUUUAAAGACUUGAUGCCAAGCACAAGAUGAAGGAUUCGGGCUUCGAAAUUCUAUCGUUAAAGGGGAACAUUUUGUUUGACUACAUGUGUGUGUAACACCUCGUGUAUUCCUAAAAAUAACAUAUUAUUGUUAUACAUGUAUUCGCAUUCUAUCUAAUAGCAACAUGUACAUUAAAAGUUAUAGUAUAAACAUGUACAUUGUAUAAAGAACAUAAUGAAUCUGCUUUGACAUAAAGAUAUCUAGCAAAUCCAUUUCUCUGUUGCAUAUUGUAAUUGCUUAUUUUUAGAAAUUCCAUGUUAUGCUUUUGUUAUUGUUGGCGUAUAAUAUGAUUAAUUUGUAAUUUCCGAUUUCAAUAAAUGUGGGGGUUCAACAUA